AUGGAGAAAGCGGCGCACAAACUCUUGCGUCUGGUUGAAUCUUAUGCUGUUCACCCUGGCCACACUGUUGGAAAGUUUUUGGAGUUGUCUGAUGAGAGGGCGAGUUUUGCCGUCGCCUUUGAUGCUCACCAGCUUCUUGAGCAUCUCACCUGUACCUCCAACGAUGGGAUGGAGCUUCUUUGUAGCGUGUUGCGUAAAACGCUUGAAAUGCAUGAAGUGACCGUUGGUGCCGCGUGCCGUGUUAAUUUUAUUACUUAUGUGACCCUGCAUGCGUAUCAUGCCCUGGCAAGAGAGGCCGUGGUAUAUCAGGACAUUGACAGGGAAAAGUUCGCUGGGUUUGCCAGCCUGGACCGGAGAACAAGUUCGCAUUUAGUUCCUCCCGAGACAAGCAGCAAGGAUUCUGCGACGCGAUGCUGUUGGCACCUUAUGAACAACUUUCUUCAGGAGAUGCGCCUCAAGUGGCAUGCACUGGACCCCACAGACGUCUUGGCAGAAGUCGCCUCCUCCACGCUCUCGGCGGAGAACGUGAUAAACAGUGAUGAUAAGAUGCUUGCGUCGCUUUCUCCCCGAGUUUUACACGAGUACCUUCGAAGGACGUUUGCGUAUGAUCCACUCUCCUGGGGCUAUAGGGCUGGGAAGCUUGCCGUAGAUUGCUUUCUCCAUAUUCGUUCAUGCUUGUUGGACUUUGUGGCUGACAAAACACGAUGCGCACUAGUCUCACUUCACGCAUUUGUAGAGCAGCUUUUGUACAAGGUUUCGACUGAGGCAAGUGACCGGUUAACCACAGGCGGCAAUGAGGGCCACGUCCUUCCUGGGAUUGCCCUCCUGACAACAGUACGCCGGAAGCGAACCGCGGAUGUUUUGGCAGGGACGUGCGUGUGCUCCCCGGCGCAUGCCUUUGAGGCACUGGUGGAAAAUGAGAGCUGCCACAUUGAUCUCUUGUUGCUGUUUUCCCAAUUUCCUGAUGGAGCCACAGAGGAAAACGAUACGGAUCUUUACCGUCUUGCACUGAUGGUGAGGCGUGUAGCGAAGGGGCUCUUGGUGAUUGCUGUUCAGAGGCACCUUGCCGAGACGACGUUGCGCUGCAUGGAGUCAUGGGGAACUCCUACUCGAACUGUUCUGGUUCUGGCUGCUGUUGGCCAAACGGUGAUGACGCAGCUAGCACUGGCCUUUCGAGUCUUGCCUAGGUCUCUAGGGACACUCCAACCGAGCCCUGUUGGGGGCAGGUUGCGCGUGAAAGCUCUUUUUGAUUAUCGCUCAAUUAAACGACGUGGUGAGGUGGAGCUUCAAUCGCUGCUGUUGGCAUUCAAUCCACUGGACAUGGAGAGUGGCGUGAAAUCGAGGGGAGUCAAGCACAGAGUGGCUAGUGUUGUCUUUGGUGGUCGCUGCGCGGCUGACCAUGUUCUCAUGGAACGCCUUUUUACGCGUCAAUUGCAUCACUUGGUAAACAUACUUUGCUUGCCAUCCCCUCGGAAUGUUGUGGUGCCCGCCGGCGGGGCGGCAGAGGCCUAUGCGGUGCAUUACCUGGAGAAGCAAUUUCAUGAAGCAUUGGUGGAGGGCGAUUUCCCUUUGCGAGACUUUAAGUUGCGCCUGCUGGGCGCACUACGGAGUGCGAUUCUUGCCUACAUGGGGGCCGUCCUUCAGAAAUCUGGAGGUCUCACGGUGGAGGCGACGCUGGAGCAUCUGUCCCUUUCACAAGGACGCUUGGGUGCGGUGGAGAGAGAUGCAGACAGCAGAGCAUCACACUGUACUGGCGUUGGUGCCUUGGCGAUGCGGUCAGCCCCUGCACAUCCCUUGUACAGCCGCUUCGUACCUACCCCGCCGUUAAUGGCGGAUGUCUGCAAUGCAGCGUGGUCUGAGAAUCGCCGCGCAGCGUCUACGCUUUUGCUGGCGGAUCUGAGCGAGUGGGAGGCGGAGGCGGAGACGGUUAGCGCCUACCUCGCCAUUGGGACCUGCUUGGACCAUCUCUGUUUUACAAGCAUUAUGGGAAGGACUUCUGUGGUGAGUGAUUCCGACGAAGACACACGGGUGAGGAAGCUCUUCUUCUACCCCGACAUUGCCUAG